AUGUCCCAAGAAGACUUAGAUUUUGCAAAAUAGAUUUUAGAAGAGAUUAACAAACUCAGAAAAGACCCUAAAAUUUAUAUCAAGAUUCUUUAGGAGCAUCUUAAUUACUUUGAUGGUAAUGCUCUUUACGUGCCAGAUUCAAAAAUGGGAGGGGUAAUGCUUGAUGAGGGUCCUAAGGCUUACCUAGAAGCUAUAUCAUAUCUCAAAAAUAUAAAGGAGCAACUUAAGCCUUUAAAUUGGAAUGAAAAUUUAUAUAAGGCAGCACAAGAUCACGUAAACGAUAUAGGUUCAAAAGGCAUCCUUAGUCAUGUAGGCUCUAAUAAAAGCUCCUAUAAGGACAGAAUUGAGAAAUACUGCAAAUGGGGUGGUAGUAUCUUCGAAGCAAUGAACUUCGGUCCCAGAGAUAAAGCCUAGGAUGUAGUUAUUGCUUGGCUUGUUGAUGAUGGAGUGCCAAAAAGAUCUCACAGAAUAAACAUUACAAGUGCAGAUUUGCAUGAAGUUGGUAUUGCAAGCGGAGAUCAUAAACAGGCCGAAAACUGUAAUGUUGCUGUUUUUGCAUGCUAAGCCAUAUCCUUAGAUGAAUACAACAAGAAUUACACUGACUAGACUGCACUUGUUGAUUAAUAGAGAAAAGAUUCAAUGCAAAAAAAGGACUGGGUUAAAUUUGCAAAAGAAGUUUUUGAUCUACAGAACAAAGUCAGACAAAACCCAAAAUCCUUCAUACCAAUACUUGAUAAGGCUUUAUUUAGAUUCAAUGGAAAGGUGCUAAUGUCAGAGGAUGGAAAAUCAGGGGUUGAAACUCAAGAAGGAAAUAUUGCUUAUGUUGAGGCUAUUGAGUUCUUAUAGAUUAUGAGACCUGUGGCUCCUCUUUAAUGGUCAAAUUAAUUGGCCAGAGCAGCCUAAGAUCAUAUUAAUGAUAUUGGCCCAAAAGGUAUAGUUAGUAGUCUAGGAAGUGAUGGAUCUCUUCCAACUGAUAGAUUGGCAAGAUAUUGCAAUAUAGAUGAUGCUUGGGGAGAGAGUUUAGCUUUCUAAUCAGUAUCUGCUAAAGAAGUCAUAGAAAGAUUGAUUGUUGAUGAUGGAUAGCCAGCAAGAGGAUACAGAAAGAGUUUUUUCAAUCCAGAAUUGCUUCACUGCGGUAUCGCUACUGGAAUUCAUGCCACAAUGGACAAUGUCAUAUUACUUGAAUAUUCCUCAGCAAUCCUCAAGGAUGGUGAAAUGCCAUCUAUCAAUGUAACUGUAUCAGAAGAGAUUCCAAGUGAACUUAUUGACAAGAUUGUAGAAUUAGGAAUAGAUGUUUCAAAAAUUAAAGUUAAGAAAGAUACCAAAGAUGCCACUUUAAAGGCAUAAUAACUUUUCAAGAAAGCUACUAGUGCAAUAACAAUGACAAAUAGAAUGAAACCAGCUACUGCAACAAUUAAAGAGACUCCUACUUAAAAUAUGCCAGCAACAAAAGGAAUGACUUCACCAAAGUCUUCAAUUGGAUCUACUAAAAUAGCAUCUAAUACUACAACAACUGCCCCAACAAAUCGGCCUACAACAGCAUUCAAUAAAGCCAAAUCAAUCCCUGUAAGUAAUGAUUAAAAGAGUGGUGGAAUAUAAUAAAGAACAUCAACUGCCGCUUAAUAAUAAAGAACUACUAAUUCUGCUCUUGGCAAAGCAUCCACUCAUAACUACACUUCAACAACUUUAAAAGAUACAUCUUCCCCUUUUAAGACUGUAAAUGAAGAAGAGAAAGUUACUCCCACAACUGACAAGUCUUCAGCUUUCAAUAAAUCAUCAAUGAGUCCAUAGAAGUAAAGUGCACCUAUAUCAAACGCUAAGACUGGUCUAGACAAACUGAAGAAAACAGUGACUAUGAUGGCUGGAGAUAAAAAGACUUCUCAACUCUCUUAAGGUGCUUAACCAAAAAUUGCAACUCAAAAGUCCUUACCUUCGUAAAUAGGCACUAAGAAAACGACUUUGAUUUAACUAGAAAUGACUGAAGAGGAAAAGAACUAAAAGGAGUUUGAUAUUGAAAAUGACCCUGAUAAGCCAGAAGGUGCUGUUGGCUCUAACAUUAUAAUCGAAGAGAUUGAGAUGAAUGGAAAGAAACAAAAGGUUCUUAGAAAGACUUAUUAACUAUUUGAUGGAAGAACUGUUGCCAUCACUAAAAUGAUGCAGAUGUGA